CCUCCACACUCCUCUCCUAUACAUACUGCCCAUUGUCACACCCUCCAAACUCCUCUCCUAUACAUACUGCCCUCUGUCAUACCCUCCACACUCCUCUCCUAUACAUACUGCCCUCUGCCACACCCUCCACACUCCUCUCCUAUACAUACUACCCACUGUCAUACCCUCCACACUCCUCUCCUAUACAUACUGCUCUCUGUCACACCCUCCACACUCCUCUCCUAUACAUACUGCCCUCUGUCACACCCUCCACACUCCUCUCCUAUACAUACUGCCCUCUGUCACACCCUCCACACUCCUCUCCUAUACAUACUGCCCUCUGUCACACCCUCCACACUCCUCUCCUAUACAUACUGCCCUCUGUCAUACCCUCCACACUCCUCUCCUACACAUACUACCCACUGUCAUACCCUCCACACUCCUCUCCUACACAUACUGCCCUCUGUCACACCCUCCACACUCCUCUCCUAUACAUACUGUCCCAUCAUACCCUCCACACUACUCUCCUAUACAUACUGCCCUCUGUCAUACCCUCCACACUCCUCUCCUACACAUACUACCCACUGUCAUACCCUCCACACUCCUCUCCUACACGUACUACUGUGUGAUACCCUCCACACUUCUCUCCUGAACAUACAGGUGAAACUCGAAAAAUUAGAAUAUCGUGCAAAA